UAUAUCACUUAAUUGAUAAAUGAUUACUAUUUAUAAGUCAGUGUAAGAAGAAAUUUUCCAAUUCGAUUUUCCGUUAUUGUACUGGUGUUAUUUUCAUAUGUUGGAUAACAACUGUAUUUAUUUUUAAAUGGAAAAAUUUUGUUAUCAUUUGGUGAUUAAUUCAGUGGUCGCUUGGCAUCAUUUAAACAAGAUGACGAUAUUAACAGCCGGUUCAUGUGCGUUUAUAAUCACCUCUACUGGGAAUGCUUUACCUGCAGUUGUGGGUUCCGCUGCGGGAUUAAUUGCUUCAGGUGUUAAACUUUGGAUACAAUCUCAACCUCUCAAGGUAGCAAUGGCAACAGCUGUGGGAACUGGUACAUCGUCAGGAGCUAUUGCUGGAGCUGUUGCUACUAAAACUGCGGCAAAUGCUUUCACAGGUGCGCUAAUAGGAGGCUUGUCUGCCGGAAGUGUUGGGUCUGUCAUGGCUGGGAGUAUUGCUGUAGCAUCUGGUACAUUGUCAUCAAGCCCUGUAGGUUUGUUGACUGUCGGAACCAACUCAAGGGGGAAUCAGAUAACACACGAUUGUUGGAAACAAGUAGUACACGAAACAUCAGAGGAGCCAUCAAAUGGGAUACUUCUGAAAGAGUUGAUCUCUCAUCCAAAUGUUGCUGACGUAAUAGUGAAACCAUGUGGAAGUCUUCCAUACGUUGUCAUUGAGAAUACCUGGAAUGAAAAAUUUGAACUCGAAUAUGUAGCACUACUUGACUCCGACAAAUUGUUCUUACACGUUCAGCCACUCUGAAACUGAAUGAAGCCACUACAACAAUUAUAAUAAUAUGUCCGAUGUUAACUUUAAAAAUGUUAAGUAAUAUUACACGUGACCAAUUUUUAUUGUAAGGUAUAAUUCAAAAUAAAAUAAACUGUGUGAAUAACGA